AUGAAUAAUUUAAUUCCAAACGAAGCAAUUUUAAUUACUGCUCCUAAAAAUAUCAAAAUUAUUGAUCAAACAUCGGCAACAAGAUUGAAAGCAAUUAGUAAAAAGAAUAAAUCAAAACGUAAACAGGCUUCUAAUUUAACCAUGAAUAAAAUGAUUCAAAAAGAUGUCGCUUUAAACACCAAGCCUCAAGAAGAAAAAUUUAAAAAUGAAACACCAUAUACAAUUAGUAAAAAGAAUAAAUCAAAACGUCAGAAACAAAAAUAUAUGCAAUAUACCACAUCAUUUCGUAUUGAAAAUCAAUCUCGGUCAAAUUCAUUGCCUGUUGAAUUUAAUUCUAUGCCUAAGCAUAAAAUACCAUUACGUUCAAAUUCAUCACCUAAUACAACAUCUGGUAUUUCUUCCAAUGCUUUUCCCAGCUUUUCAAAUGUAACAAACGAAAAUAUAUUCUCAAGCCAACUUACUAAAGAACCUGAAUCAUAUGAAGAAAAUAUUAACAAAAUUCUUCACGAAGAAUUUUUUACCGAAGAAUUUCUUACCGAAGAAUUUCCUACCGUAGUAUGGGCCAGUGAUCUAAUAGGUGGAAUCAAUUAUCCAACUAGUUAUAAUAACGUGCAAUCAGUUGAUCAAAAUUGCGUUCAAGAAUUUGACACUACAAAUUUAUGCUGCUCACCCAAUUACAAUAUUAUUACUGAAUUAUUUGAUACAUCAAGCACAUCAUAUCAUGCAUCAGCUUCUCAUGAUAUUAACAGAAUGUAUUCCCAUAAUGAAUAA